UAGAACAACGCCCAGGAACCCGUGAUGGGAAAUGGUUGCGUUCCAAGAAAUGCAGGUCUGGAACGCAUUGAAAGCCGGAAGAACCCGUAUGCUGCGAACAAAUAGAUUGCUAUCUGCGUGGCAACUUUAGUGUGACAGAGUUGAAAGAUGCUGUUUACAAUUGAACAUAAGUGGAACAGUGAACCUGUAAUGCAUGAACCAGUGACAAUUUCUCUCAAACAUGGGAACAAUGGUCUGCAGAUGGAUAUAAAUGCACCUUUUUUUAAUGACCCUCCUGCACCUCCUGGACCUAGUGGGCAACCUUUUCCAGGUCUUUGGGAUUAUGAAGUGGUGGAAGCAUUUUUCUUAAACAGUGAAAAGGAACAAUACUUGGAAGUAGAGAUUUGCCCGCAUGGGCAGCAUUUGGUCCUGUUUCUUUCAAAACGCAGGAUUAUUUGGAAAGAGUCUCUUCCUUUGUCUGUACAAGUACAUAAGACAAGUAGAAAAUGGGAAGGCAGUGUGAUUCUUCCAUGGGAUUAUUUCCCUCCUUCAGUAGAUCAAUUUAAUGCCUAUGCCAUUCAUGGAUCAGAUACAAAGAGAACAUAUGAAGCACUUUAUCCUAUACCUCAAGAUGCAUUGAAAGAAGGGCAACAGCCUGAUUUUCACCGCUUGGAGUACUUCAGACCUUUUAGUUUCUGCACACUGAUGGGUAAAAAAUGGAAACAGCCUCAGUCCUGCCUCUGGAAAAUGUAACAUGGUCUAUCUUUGUGCUUUAAAUACCUUCUAAUUAUUUUAAUCAGUUUCAUUUCAGAUUUAGCAUGUACAAAUCACUAAUAGCCAUAAAUGAAUGUCUUCUCCUAUAUUAAAGCGUUAAAGCUGUAGAAAUAUAACAAUAUGAACUUGCAUAUUGUUUUAAACAAGAUUUAUGUGUAAAGCAUGAAAAACCUAGACAUAGACAUAGAAAUAGUAUGCCAAGGUAACAUUAACAAUUAAAUUAACAGUUAAAUGUUAA